GCGGGGGAGUUGGGCGGCUUCCGACGCAUGCGUGGAGCGCCCUUCGCCGCUCGCCCCGGCUCCGGGUUUUGCAUGUCGGUUGCCGCAGCCCGGAGAGGCGGAGGCGGGACGCGGGCCGGAGCGCGAACGCUGGAGAAACCGAGAUGCUUAUCUGUGCAGACGUUGACCAUCUACACUACUCAGCCCCAUCCCUUUGUUAAAAUAUCGUCUCGGUCUCUUCGGGCAAAAAGGAACUCGUAUUUAGGGCACAGUCCAAGGUCUCCGGCAGAGCUCUCUGCCCACCCCACAGUUCAUCCCCAAGCGCGCUCCCGUGGGCCUCCCCGGUCCGAAAGGAAAAGUGGCUCCGGACACCCUCCCUUUGCCGCAAUACUCUGCUUCCCGCAGUUCUUGAUCUUCCCCGCGAGGCUUCUCCGUGUUCGGCCUGGCGCGCCUGUUUCUACAUCCAGCCGGAAUCCAACACCCCUGGACACGGAGGACAACCACUCCAGGUCUGAAGCCAGAGAAAUACAAAAGGCAUGCCCCAUUUCUAAUUCUUUAAGUCGUGCAGCACUGGGUGACGUCUACCAUGUCAAGCCCACGGUCAGGAUGGGAAAUGGGUCUGUGGGGCAGUCUUCUGCUGAUCCCUUGAGAAAGUACAGCUCUGCCAUCUCCUCUAAAUACCCGUCAUUCCUAAAAUUAAGACAGACUGAGAGUUUGCACGGAACCGUGCAGCUGCGCUGUCGCCCUUUCUAAUGCGGACUCAUUGACUGGUAAGACCAUCCUCCGCCACAGAGCCCACCACUUUGGGGAGGGUACAAAGGCAGGGAGAGCGCAACCCAUCCCGCCCUGGUGAGAGACUAAUUUGACUGAUGUGCCUGUCCGGGGAGACCGUUCUGAGUUGGUAGGCGUACGCAAUAAAAUGAGCUUCAGGUUAUCUGCACAAAUGAAAAUAGAUUGGAGAAAUGCAACAAUUAGAGAAAUGCAACAAUUAGAACAACAGCUCAAACUACUCCCCACCUCCAGUAGGAAAGUUCACUUUUAUGUGAUUUGCCUAGAUGAUGCUAACACUGCACUACGCAGAUCCCCCAGUCUGGGUUCAUCCCAACACAAACCCAGGAACUUCUAACAUCAGACAGGAAGGAGGACAACAACGAGAGGCUUCAAGUUCCUGAUUUACUACGUCAAGUCCUUUCGAAAAUGGGAAUGAGCCUGGCCUAGAAGCCGCGAUAUCCCCCAGAAGGAGUCAAGGAAGCGGCUCACAGCCGGAGCCGCGGUAACUGGCGGAUCACCGCUGGCCCGCGUGAUGGUACCAGGAAGACGUCUUGCCCCAGACCUAGUCUACGGUGCUCACCAAUCCCUGCCAUUCCACAUUCAGAACUUUAUUCCUGGGACUUGAAACCAAAGGGACUUUGGCCCUAAGGGAUGUUACUACUAUUUUAUUACCUAUUUAUACUGCUGCAAAAAUAUUUUUCAUGCCUUUUCUGAAGAAGAUGGAGUUUUAAGAAGGGAGGAAGUAUGACUGCCUCACUUCCUAAGGGUAGUAUGGUGCACAGAGACAAAAGGAAAACCAAACAAACUGCCAACUUCUCAAUCUUGCUUCUAGCCAGCCUUGUUCACUCACAGAAUCCAAAGACGAAGAAAACCAGUAGGUCCAAUAAGCAGUCGCUUCACCCAAACGUGGGGGCCUAGAUGCCAACAGGCAGCAAUUUGGGGUAUUUUAGAACUCCAAAAGCACAGGGAAAGAAAGAAAAAAACAAAACUAAACAAAACAAAAAACCAACAACUUUCCAAACCUUAACUCUCAGUCCAAAGGAACUGAAAAGGCCACACAAAUAAUCCACAUGAACACUGCAAAUGUGAAGAGGAUUUAUGGAUGAAUUAGCAGGAAGUUACCAUGUAAAUAUCUUUUUAGAAGAUUUUAUUUAUUUGAAUGACAGUGUGCGCACA